UGAAAACACUUCUCUCUCCAGUUUAUUAUUAUUAGUAGAGAGAGUGAGAUGAAGCUGGUAGGAGUGCUCGCAUGUGUUCUAGGGCUCGGUAUUGCCUUACCCGCCCCACAGGAAGUUUAUGGAGAUUAUGGAGACUAUGGAGAGGUUUAUCAGUAUUAUGAUAAUUAUGAGGAUGGGCCAUCCUACGAUUCAUAUGAUGCACCGCAAGAGCAAUCAACAACAACAUCUACAACUACCACAACAACAACAACAACAACCACAACAACUACACAACAACCUCAAAGAAUAGCCUCACGGCGACAACGCCCCGGAAGAAAGCCUUCGACAGCCCUACCCUCACCUACCACAACUGAGAGCUCCUGGUAUGAAAACCGACGCCAGACCAGAGAAAGAACCACUCGUCCUAUAUCUAGAGAGAAUUACCCAACUGUUGAAGAGCAAGGGAGCGAGUUCAAUGACACAGAAAACGACGAAAAUUCCAGGUAG